AUUAAGGAUGUGUCAACAGUCGUAGAGGAAAUUCCCACUUCAGCAAGUGGUGUUGUUAACGACGAUGAUUCCGACUUAAACGAACCUAUUGAUAUACAGAUUCGAAAUGUCGUAUGCAAUUUUACGGUACCUUUACAUGUUGAUCUACAUAAAGUAGCUUUAAAUUCCACUAAUGUCACAUUUGAUCGUGGACGUGGUGUUUUGCUAAAGCAGAAACGCAAUCCUUCAUGUUAUGUUAAGAUUUAUAGCUCCGGAAAGGUCUAUAUCGUCGGAUGCCGUAGUGAGCAAGAAUGCAAGCAUGCAGCAAGAAGUGUAGCGCGGAUGGUACAGAAACACAUGGGUCGUUUAAAAGAUAUUGUCAGAAUACGAAAUUAUCGUAUUUGUAAUGUAUUAGCCACUUGUAAAAUGCCCUUCGGUAUUAAAAUCGAAGAGUUGGCUCAAAAAUAUCCGGACAGUUCCCAAUAUGAGCCAGAAUUGCUGGUUGGAAUGAUUUGGCGUUCAGUAGAACCUAAAGCAACUCUUCGUAUCCAUACAACAGGAAGUAUUACAAUAACAGGAGCUGCAUCUGAGGCAGAUGUUAUGAGAGCAGUUGAAAUUAUUUAUCCUAUUGUAAAAGAAUUUCGUUGUCCUUUCCGCUUACGUGAUGGAUCAAGUAAUAAACGACAGCGUUCUUCCGGAGUUAUAGGCAAUAGAGUCUACUUUAGUGAUGAAGACGAUUGUAAUGAUGGUGAAUGCUAA